ACGGAUCUGUCAUCAUAGACAUCCUCGGUUUUCAAGCAGCUCUGGAGUGACAUGGAGAGACGCCAUUGCCUAGAAGAACAUGCUGGUGGCAGCCGUGUGGGAGACAGCCAAAGGGAGGAACCCAGAAAUCACACAGAUGAGGAACAAAGUCAAGGUGGUGAAACUGAGAAUACCGGGGAAGGACAUGGAUCUACCAAUGGUAGAUCUGUCCAGGAGGUCCACCACUGCUUUCUAAAGAAGCCACCAAACUGUGUACGAGACCAUCUGUCUACUUCUACAUACAGCCAGCUACCAUCUAUGAGCAGAUCCAAUGGACAACUAUCUCCCCAUGUAAGUGAUGCACAUCAGCAUUUAAAAUGUUGUCACUGCAACAACCAGGAGCAUAAAUUACAAUACACCGCACCGGAUCUGUCUAGUCAUGAAGAAAGAAGAAAAUUAUGUUCCCAUCACUCCAGUGUGAAUGCUUCUACCGACAUCUCACAUCCUUCUACAGGAUGUAUAUGGAAGCAGUGGUCCAGUAACCAGAAGGCAACGCAUCCAGUGCAGCAUCAUGUAGUGACUGUAAGACACGAUAAAGCAUUUAGGAUGCCAAAAAGUUACUCUCAGCUGAUAACUGACUGGCCUCUACCUAUCUUGGCCAUUUGUUUGCUUCUUAUGCUGGUGUGCACUCUGGCAGGACUACUGGUUGGAGAAAUGCCAGACUUUUCAGACCCUUUGAUGGGAUAUGAGCCAAGAGAUACAGAAAUUGGGAGGAAGUUAAUGACCUGGAAAAAUAUGCAGAGCAACAAAGGAUACAGAAGGGCAUUGCCUGCCUAUCCACACAGUGAGACGAAUAGUUUUAAUGACCUGGAUUUUAGCAGAAGAAAAGAGAAGCUGUUUCAAAUGUCCAGAAAAGAAACACGAUAUCGCAGGAUGGUGGAAGAAAAAGAUGGGGUAGAUGGCUUUUUCUGUGGACCACCAGCAAAGACCUACUCGCAACUUGUAUUCAUGUCAAAAACAGCAGGAAGCUUGUGGAACCUGCAAGCCAUCCAAUCUAUGUGCCGCAUAGAAAAAGAAAAGAUCCGCUCACACCCUAGUUUCUCAGAGCUGUGUGAACGCAAUAACAACAAGGAAUGUUGUCCCAGUUGGUCUCUUGGGAACUACAUAUCAGUUCUGUACAAUCGGUCUUCUUGCAUGGAAAUCACACAGAGUGACAUCUUCCACACGCUGGCUCUUCUUCGUUCAUGUGCCCCAGACUACCACCGAGGUGCUCUCACACCCAUGUGCAUAGGUUCAAGAUCCGAGAGGGAGAAGCAUUCCCAAUGUGCCAAAGUGCCUGAAAAGUGUACACGAUCCAGCGCGGUAUAUCAACUGCUUCAUUUUCUAGUUGAUAGAGACUUUCUGAGCCCCCAGACAACAGACUAUCAAGUCCCAUCUCUGAAGUACAGCUUGCUGUUUUUACCAACAAAGAAAGGGCCAGAAAUGAUGGAUAUUUAUGUGGACAACUUGGAAUCAUGGGAGCUUUUUGAUAAUUACACGGCUAUCACUGGAAUGGACUUGGGGUUAAAGCAAAAACUUUUUCACCACUAUCUUGUUUUGGAUACCGUGUAUCCAGUCCUAGGGAUAUUAGCUAUUUUUCUAAGUAUGUCUUUUUACCUGCGUUCUUUUUUUAUCACUUUUAUGGUUAUGAUGUCUGUAAUUGGUUCACUGAUGAUUUCUUUCUUUUUGUACAAGUUGAUCUUUAGAAUAACUUUCUUUCCUUUUGUAAACUUGAUAGCAGUUAUCAUCCUUAGCAGUAUCUGUGCAAACCAUACUUUUGUGUUCUUUGACCUAUGGAACCUCAGCAAAAUACAACACUCUGCAGCUGGCAUGCUGCAGUGGGUGAAACAAACUAUGCAUCAUUUUUGUUAUCUUAUGUUAGUAUCUUCUUUGGCUACUGGAGCUGCUUUCUAUGGGAGCUACUUGAGCAGCAUUACCUCUGUUCGAUGCUUUUCUAUAUACAUGGGAACCUCAGUAUUAGUCAACAUGGCAUUUAUGAUAACCUGGCUGCCAGCUACCAUGGUACUUUAUGAGAGGUAUAUCAAGACCAAUUGUACCUAUAAAUCGGAAGAUUACUGGAACAGCAAUGGCCAUAAAAAGUUAUUUCUGUCCCUUUACCAAAAGUUAGGAGGUUUACAAAGUACUUUGUCUGAAACAUCAAAGCUUUUUUUUGAGAAGCUCCUACCUUGUGGGGUGAUAAAGUUCCGUUACAUCUGGAUCUGUUGGUUUGUCGCUCUUGCAGCAGGUGGUGCUUAUAUUGCCUGCAUUAACCCCAAAUUAAGACUGCCAUUUUCAGAUCUUUCAUCAGUUCAGAUGUUUCGGUUGAGUCACCCCUUCGAAAGGUAUGAUGCUGAAUACUGCCACCAGUUCAUGUUUGAACAUCAGGAAUAUGGAGAAGGGCAACAUAUGCCAAUUAGACUUAUAUGGGGCAUCAGGCCUGUGGACAAUGGAGAUCACCUCAAUCCAAAAGUAAAUGGAACACUUGUAACAGAUGCUACUUUUACUAUCCGCAAUGCUGAUGACCAGCGAUGGCUUCUUGAACUUUGUAACAAAGUGAGAAACCAAAGUUUUUAUUAUUCUGAUCAGGGGAAAAAGCCAAACAUUUGCUUCAUGGAAGAUUUUCACCGCUGGAUGGAAAGUCGCCAAUGUUCACAGAGCGAUCAAAACCAUAACCUAUGCUGUAAUCAGUUUUCAUUUCCUUAUGCAAGUGAUUUGCUUCUCCACUGCAUAAAAAUGAUGGUUAGAGAACAAGGAGGGGAUGGACCUGAGUCUUAUGACAUUGGGCCUAGAUUUAAUGCUGAUGGAAACCUGACUGCCUUGGUUUUGGAAUUUCAAACUACAUAUCACUAUAGCUUCAAUUACAGCAAGACCAAUACUUUUUUUAAUACUCUGAACCAAUGGCUAACAAAUGAAAUAAAGAAUGCACCAGCAGGUCUUCAGAAUGGUUGGUUUACUAGCAAACUUUUUCUUUUUAACCUACAGCAUGCACUGAGUACUGAGAUCAUGAUGAUAACUGGCUUCUCCGUUGCAAUCUCUUUUGUAGUUUUGCUGCUAACCACUUGGAAUGUCUUACUCAGCUUAUUUUCAGUUGCCUCCAUUGGAGGUGCAGUUCUGCUAACAGUGGGUCUCUUAGUUCUUUUAGAAUGGCAGUUAAAUGUUAUGGAAUCUCUGUUUGUAUCAGCUGCAGUAGGCAUCUCUGUUGACUUCACGGUAAAUUACUGCAUUUCAUAUCAUCUGUGCCCACAUUCUGACCGUCUCAGCCGUGUGGCAUUCUCCCUUAAACAAAUGAGUUGUGCCACUGCAAUGGGGGCCUCGGCUAUGUUUUCUGCAGGAGUAAUAAUGUUACCAGCAACUGUGUUGGUCUACAGAAAACUUGGUAUAUUCAUUAUGAUGAUUAAAUGUAUCAGCUGUGGCUUUGCAAGCUUCUUUUUUCAGUCUAUUUGCUGUUUUUUUGGCCCAGAGAAAAACUGUGGACAAAUAUUAUGGCCUUGUGCUAACAUAAUAAAAGAAUAUCCAGAAAACCCAAAGCCAAAUGGCACAUUUACUUGCAGUGGAAAUGACAAACAGUGCAGGCUAAGAAAAGUUCCGGAAACUAACACAGAAAAUGAACAGUAUGAGCUUCAGCCUUUAGCCAGGAACCUUAGUGACAGUUUUGACAACAGCACUACUACUAGUAGGCUUUCCAAACGUCCUUCUAUUCUGUCUGAAGACAUGCAGUUAUCAGACAAUAAGUGUUUGAGAACAGGAGCACAGUGCAUUCAAGCUGAAGCCCAAGAAAUCCAUGAUAACCCUACCAAUCACAAAGCUUUUAGUCAUUGCCCUGCUCUGCAGACAUCAUCUCCCUACAGACAAAGCAGUUUUGGGUCCGAGAAGGAGAACCCAGAAGAAUCAUGCAGACAAUGCAUUUGUCCGAGAAUGAACAGUAAGACAUGGAAUGGAUCGGUGGUGGACCAUGUUCAUGUACACAACAGGCAGGAUCAAUCCAACAGCUUGCAAAGCCCUAAAGAUGGCAGUCCUAUCCAUUAUUCCCCAGAAAAAAACAUUCGUAUGUAUGAAUAUUCUAGGUGCCUCUGUUCUGUAGGUAGCUCAUUUGAUGCUCUUGACUCAAAUGAAACGUGUCUUAGUGAUAUCGAUCAGAACAUUAAGUUGGAAUCAGCAAGGUGCUCACCAGAUUUCCUUGAUGUUCCAGAUUCCCCAUAUCACAAUGAGAGGGGAAAUUUAAAUGGGAAAAGAGAAACUCUAAAACUGGCUCUAAGGGAAACAGUUUUUGAUCCACCUUCAUCUUCUAAGCAAACCAAUAUGUUAUGGAAAAUGCAGUCUAACCAAGAUGACGAUCACCCUGUUGUUCUACCAAACAGCAAACCAGACAUGCCUGAUAUCUGGAUAAAGAGGUCGAGUGAACACAGCUCUGGCUAUAUCAGCUGAAAUAUCUUUUAAUCACAAAAGAACUUUCAUGCAACAAAAUAACUGCAAAAUAGUUUCUUAAUUCCCAUUGUUUCAUUUUGUGAUGUAUGGUUUGUGUAGAAAACCCAUAUGAUGUCUACAAAAGGACCACUUGAUUUUCUGUUUAAACAAUGUGCGCUAGCUGAGUUGGAAAGUCUUUAAUAUUAAAGUUACAAAGUAACU